AUGCCAACCUGGACCCGGAAAGAUUACCUUGAAGCUCAAAAUGGGGCUUCAUUCCAGCUUCCAACUCUGCGCACUCAAAUUGAGCAAAACAAAGUUGAGCUAAAAAACAGGCUUAAUCCACCCAAAAAGACGACGACCAACCAAAGGUCAACACUCCAGCCAAGCAACAGUGUUCAAGCUAAUCCUUCCAGUGAUUACACCACCACAAAGACCUCAAGAGAUUAUACCACUAAUGAGUACACCAAUGAUUACACCACCACCCAGACCACCAGAGAUUACACUACCACAAAGACCUCCAGAGACUCCAGCACCAAUGAGUACACCAAUGAUUACACCACCACUCAGACCACCAGAGAUUACACUACCACAAAGACCUCAAGAGAUUAUACCACCAGUGAUUACACCACCACUCAGGCCACCAGAGAUUACACUACCACAAAGACCUCCAGAGACUCCAGCACCAAUGAGUACACUAAUGAUUAUGCCUCCAAAAAGAGCUCCAGUGAUGACACAACUAAUAAGUACACCAAUGAUUAUACUGCCCCAAAGCCUACCAAUAAUUACACAACCACAAAGCCCAUCAAGGAUUACAUCACCACACAGACCACCAGAGAUUACACCAAAACAAACACCUCCACAGAUUAUAUUACCACAAAAUCCACCAGUGAUUAUACCACCAAACAGACUACCAAUGAUUAUACCACCAAACAGACCACCAGAGAUUACAACACCACAAAGACCACCAUGGAUUACCCGACCACACAGACCAUCAGAAAUUACAACACAAAGACCACCAAGGAUUACCCAACCACACAGGCCAUCAAAGAUUACAACACCACAAAUGAUUACAUUGUUAAAAAGACCACCAAUGAUUAUACCACCAUAAUGUCCACCAAGGAUUACACCAUAACUAGAGACAGCUUUCCAGCUUCUGGAGUAAAAUCAGAUCCUUUAGGAACCAUCAUGAAAGAACUAUUGCCCAACAAGCCAAGUCGAAUAAUGAAAGACAUGCCUAAAUCCAGCAAUAGGUUGUCCAAUAAUGGUGGCUGUGUUUCAGACAGUGACUCUGGAGUCUCUGUGUGCUCGCCCAUGAAAGUAUUCAGGCCAAAAAUUAGGAGUCCACAAGCACCUCCAGCUUCACGUGACAUUAUAAAGAAAUUCUCUGCUAAACCCAAAAGAACGUCUGAGCCACUGAAGGCCGACCACUCCUUAGUGCAAGAGGAUAUAACACAGAUUGUCCAGCUAGAAGACAUCCCAGUGACAAGAAACUUAAAGAGCUCGAUCAACUUCAAUGACAAGAUACCACAAGGGGCACCAAGGACUCGAGUGCGCUUUGAGGAUGAAUCAGAAGAAGAUGCAGAGUUUCGAUACCGGGAAAUACGUCUUCUAGACAGAACACCGACAACUAAAAUGGUCACAAAUAUCUCACCCGGUCCUCAGAUAAAGUAUAUGGAAAAAAAUGCUAAGCCUGAAACUACUGAGAGAUCUGCUUCACCAUCCAAGGAAGGGGAAAAGGCAAAAAGCCCAGAUCAGCAGACCACAACCCUUCCACAUCGACGUCAACCAUUUCCACCAAAUAUAGCCAAGAAGGUCUUAAUUGAUAUCCCAAGGGGUGGUCUUCCCAGCAGGCGCGUGCCUCAAAUACGGGUGUCCACUGUCAUGAAGGACAUUGCUAACCAACAGUCUUCUCCUCGAAAUGUGACUUCUCUUGAAGGAAUCACAAUGAGCUUCAAGAACACCAAUGAAUGGGGGGCGCAAAGUCAAAGUGUUAGAGCAAACAAAGAGCAUGAAAGUGGCCACCAUAGUCUGUCAUCUCUGGAAACCCUAGAGAGUGGCACCACAGAAGCGUCUUCUGAAUUUACAAUAAUGAAAAUGGAAUGGGGAGCAUCAGAUUCCUCUCUCGGCAGUGGAACUCAGUCAAGAUCAUCAUCUCAGAACCGUGACCUCAAUGUGGACCGUCCGUCACAGAAUAAAGGUCCAGAGAUGUCCUUCUACAGUAAAGUUAGAAGAAGUCUUCGGUUGAAGAAGAAGCUACAUUCUGAAGCCACAAGUGGCAGCUGCCAUUCAGAUAACAUCCUAAAGAGUUGCAAGGAUCUAGAAGCAGACCAGAGCUCUUCUACAUCUCUACAGCUUGAUGGAGGUGGCCAUGGAAAAUCGAGUCCUCACAGUGCCGCAGUUUGCAGACUACCCAACCAGGCUGCAGCAGAUGACGGUAUUCCCAUCCGUGUAGGCAUGAAUAGGACGAAGAAGGACGUUAUGGGGGACCUAGAGACCCAGGGCCCAGUGAGAAUCCAUCCAGUAAAGGUGCCAUAUUCGCCCAUGAGAAUGGUGCAGUCAUUACUGAAGAAGGGACGGGCCAAGGAUUAUGUGGUCCGUGUGCCCUCUCCACCACCGCAGGAAGCCAGGCCUCCAACUUCCAAUGUGCGCUCCAGUGGAUACAGAAGAGAGCAGAUCCCCGGCCUAGCAUCCGGAAGAGUGCUGGCCACACAAUCUGACUCCAGCCGCCUGGUGGAACUUGAACGUCCAAAAACGGGGUUCAGUGGGUUGUAUUUGACUAAGAAGAACCAAAAUGGUUACUCAGGGUUGUACGUGGUUCAGCUGAGCGGAGCCUUCACCUCAUCAUUUCCACAGGGAAUCUUAGAAGUAGGAGAUGAAAUCUUGGAGAUAAAUAGGCGACAAGCAAAGGACCUACGUUUGGAUGAAAUCUAUACGCUCCUGGAAGAAAGCAGCUGUGUCCUCCUCAGAGUGUCCCGGAACAUCUCCUCAUCUUCAUAGGGUCUAGUUCUUCAGAUAACGUCAUGUCUGCUCCAUUACAUAUUUUACACACAUUGAAAAUGAAAAAAACAAAACGUAUAAAUUAUAUAAAAUAUAUGUAUAUACCAUUAUAACCAGAGCCACAGUGCCCCCAUCACAUCCAUAGCCUUACAUCGCAUUGCUCUCCACAUAGUGCCCUAUACACCGUGUCCCAUCACACCAUAGUGCCAGCAUCAUAGCACAGUCCCCCAUCCCACCAUAGUGCCAGCAUCAUAGCACAGUGCCCAUCACACCAUAGUGCCAGCAUCAUAGCACAGUGCCCCAUCACACCAUAGUGCCAGCAUCAUAGCACAGUGCCCCAUCACACCAUAGUGCCAGCAUCAUAGCACAGUGCCCCAUCACACCAUAGUGUCAGCAUCAUAGCACAGUGCCCCAUCACACCAUAGUGCCAGCAUCAUAGCACAGUGCCCCAUCACACCAUAGUGUCAGCAUCAUAGCACAGUGCCCCAUCACACCAUAGUGCCAGCAUCAUAGCAUAGUGCCCCAUCACACCAUAGUGCCAGCAUCAUAGCAUAGUGCCCCAUCCCACUAUAGUGCCAGCAUCAUAGCAUAGUGCCCCAUCACACCAUAGUGCCAGCAUCAUAGCAUAGUGCCCCAUCACACCAUAGUGCCAGCAUCAUAGCAUAGUGCCCCAUCCCACCAUAGUGUCAGCAUCAUAGCACAGUGCCCCAUCCCACCAUAGUGUCAGCAUCAUAGCACAGUGCCCCAUCACACCAUAGUGCCAGCAUCAUAGCAUAGUGCCCCAUCACACCAUAGUGCCAGCAUCAUAGCACAGUGCCCCAUCCCACUAUAGUGCCAGCAUCAUAGCACAGUGCCCCAUCACACCAUAGUGCCAGCAUCAUAGCACAGUGCCCCAUCCCACUAUAGUGCCAGCAUCAUAGCACAGUGCCCCAUCACACCAUAGUGUCAGCAUCAUAGCCCAGUGUCCCAUCCCACCAUAGUGCCAGCAUCAUAGCAUAGUGCCCCAUCACACCAUAGUGCCAGCAUCAUAGCACAGUGCCCCAUCCCACUAUAGUGCCAGCAUCAUAGCACAGUGCCCCAUCACACCAUAGUGCCAGCAUCAUAGCACAGUGCCCCAUCCCACUAUAGUGCCAGCAUCAUAGCACAGUGCCCCAUCACACCAUAGUGUCAGCAUCAUAGCCCAGUGUCCCAUCCCACCAUAGUGCCAGCAUCAUAGUACAGUGCCCCAUCCCACCAUAGUGCCAGCAUCAUAGCACAGUGCCCCAUCACACCAUAGUGCCAGCAUCAUGGCACAGUGCGCCAUCACACCAUAGUGCCAGCGUCAUAGCACAGUGCCCCAUCACACCAUAGUGGCAGCAUCAUACACAGUGCCCUAUCACACAUUAGUGCCAGCAUCAUAGCACAGUGCCCCAUCACACCAUAGUGCCAGCAUCAUAGCACAGUGCCCCAUCCCACCAUAGUGCCAGCAUCAUAGCACAGUGCCCCAUCCCACCAUAGUGCCAGCAUCAUAGCACAGUGCCCCAUCCCACCAUAGUGCCAGCAUCAUAGCACAGUGCCACAUCCCACCAUAGUGCCAGCAUCAUAGCACAGUGCCCCAUCCCACCAUAGUGCCAGCAUCAUAGCACAGUGCCCCAUUACACCAUAGUGCCAGCAUCAUAGCACAAUGCCCCAUCACUGCCAUAGUGUCCUAUCACAGCUGCCAUGCCCCAAGCCACAUGGCCUCCAUUACAACUAGACUGCAACACACACACACACACACAUACUUGCCCUCUCCAUACGUUUGAGCUGCUAACUGAGCACCCAGCUGGUGGCCACCUACAUGUCACUUACCAGAGAUCAGUACAGGGAGCGGGUCAUUUGACUGGUAGAAAAGUGACAGUUAACCCUCUUGUUCAAGUUAUGACAAUUAAUUUUUUUGGUAAAUUGCAAUUUCCACCAUUUUUGGUGGCCUAAUAGUGAAAAAGUUUGUUUUGGGAUAUUUAGCCAGUAAGUUGCACUUUUUAUGUAUCAUUAUGAG